UCUAUUACAGCGUUUCCGGUUCUUUUUGUAGCGAGCGUUCACAACUAGUUAGCUUGUUGCUAGCACAGCUAGCACAACAGUACUUGAGCAAACUAACUAUUGACAUUGUAGGCGGACAUGUGACGUCACACAACACUCCUUUUAUUCUUAGAACACUACCACGCAUAAUAUUGGAGCAAUAUAUCCGUCCGGGACCAAGUAGGUGUUUAGCAGGGGCGUCGCCGCCAAACCUAACAUAGCUAGGAAACGGACGCCAUUGCCACAGUCUUCAGAGGCACCGCGGUUCAAAUCCGUUUGGCCUGGCGAUGAAUUGUCGAUCGGAGCUGCUGGAAGUAACGGUGGAGGCGAGGCAGGUGGAAGAAGCAAUAUUGUCUCUGAUGCACACUAUUUUGCUGCACCGCAGCACUGGCAAGUUUCACUACAAAAAGGAAGGGACUUACUCUAUUGGUACCGUUGGCACCUUGGACUUCGACUGCGAUUUCAUCGACUUCACUUUUGUCAGAGUGUCCUCAGAAGAACUCGACAGGGUGAUCAGAAAAGCUGUGUCUGAAUUCAAGGACGCGUUAAGCAACUCAGGCAGCGAUGGCAUCGGUCAAAUCUCCCUGGAGUUCUACCAGAAGAAGAAGUCUCGUUGGCCCUUUUCUGACGAGUGCAUCCCCUGGGAAGUGUGGAGCAUCAAAGUCAACGUGGUCAACCUCGCCAACGAGCAGGAGAGACAGAUCUGCCGGGAGAAAGUGGGCGAGAAACUUGGCGAAAAGGUGAUCAACGUGGUGGAAGUCAUCAAUCGCCACGAGUACCUGCCCAAGAUGCCCACUCAGUCGGAGGUGGACAACGUGUUUGACACCAGUCUGAGGGAUGUGCAGCCUUACCUGUACAAGAUCACGUACCAGAUCACGGACUGUCUGGGCACCUCUGUCAGCACCACCAUGAGAAGGCUGAUCAAGGACACGCUUGCACUGUGACAUGUCAACAAGUUUGCAUACGUUGAUACCGAUGAGCAAAUGCUUGUGCCGCUAGAGGCACAAGCAUUUGAAAACAAUACAUUUUGACUCUAAGAUACAAACGGCUAUUUUCCCUUUAGUGUUUAUCCCUCAAAAGGACACAUCUUUAGGGAAGUUGUAGCAAAUCGUUGAAAAUGUCCAAAUUAUUUAUUGUUAGUCGUACUGCAAAUACACCCUCUCAAAAGAUGUUUUCGAUAAGUAAUCAACUGACAUUAUCAUUGAAGUUGUUUACAUUGCUCUGCAUAUUUAUUUAUUGUAUGUCUGUGAUUGAACAUUUGAAUAAAAUAUUGUCUUAA